AUGACAAUGACUGAAUUGGACAAAUUUUUCAAACACGUUGGGAAACUUAGUCCACAGUGCAUAGCUGAAGAGUUACCGAACAAUAAUGCCUCUUCCGAAGAAGUUCAUAUUAUGCUGCCAAGAAAAGUCAAUUCGGAUGUAAGCGGAAACUCCAUUAAAAAAUCGAGGGAGAAUACAGAAAAAGUGGUGGAAAGGUCAUUUGAACGAAAGUUUGCUGACAUUGGCACAUCAACAGACUCCCUCAAUAAAUCUGAGCCAGCAGCUAACAAAAGUUUACCUAGCAGUUCAAGUGAGCAGCCCAAUGACUGGAAGAAGUCACUACCUUCUCAACAUUACGAAUGGUCGAAAAAGUUACCUCCAACUCUGCUUGCUCCCAACUAUACAGUACCUCAAGCGCAACCACCUUCGCCAUUAACAUAUACCCAGUUUUCCUCAUCUCCAACGGCUUCAAAAUCUUUCUCUAAUGUAUCCUCGUUACAUCCAGUUACGGGGCAGAAAAAGGAAAAAAUUGGUGGUGAAAGAAUUGUUCCAAUACGAAUUGUUGAUCAAAAACAACGAUCUUCUCUCACUGAACCAAUUUUUGAAAAGCCUAGCAGUUUCGCAAUGUCUCCUAAAAGAUCACCCCCGAAUCAAACGGUUAGCAAUCUUGAGCUCUCCAGAAAUAACAACGUCAUGAAGCGCUAUAUUUAUGAUCCUUCAUCUAUGACUCAUAAGGAGUAUAUAGUUUCGUUUCCGAAACGACCCAGCACUCGCAACUCAGCAGCUUCUAGUCAUAACUGGGUCGAAAGUUCAAUUGCAAGACCGCAAACACUGCAGGGGACAAUAAUAAAUGACGUUGCGCCGGAAGCUUUAGCAAGUAAGUCAUCAAGCGAACCGGAAGCCAGUUUACACUAUACUCAUGUUAAAAGCAGCCCUCCACCAGCUUAUACUCCUGGAAGUCAAAAAUCACCACUGGUAACCUUAGCAACGCGUUACAAUUCGUCUGUAGAGGAUUCACGACAGAACCAGCAGGAAGAUGAAAGGCCAGAACUUGUGCAGAACCGAUCUACUCGAUCAGCUGUGCAAAAGCAGAUUACAAAACGUUCUUCUAGCAAAGCAGAUGGACUACCAUAUCCAACUGAAACAAAAAGUUCUUCUCCAACUAUUAAUGCUCGUUCCAGUUGGACUUACAAAGCUGGAACUCCUGUUGAUUCCGACCCUCUAAGGAAACCUGACUAUUACAAUGGAGAAGAUGAAAACGAUGAGAUUAAACCUGUUGUGUAUCCAUGUACAGUUGAUUCACCUUCACAGAAAAAGCGAUUAUCGCCUUUAGAAAUUCGUUCGUCAGUUUUAAGAAGAGCUUUUGGGUCAGUCGAUAAACAGAAGAAGUCCGAGAAAGCAGUAGAAGAACCAAGAUUUCUUGAAACCAAUCUUGAUGAGUAUCCUUCUGCGGCAUAUCUUGACGGUAGCGCUAUGACUGUAACACAUCUUCAAGAUGUGUCUUCACCGUUGAUUCCCGUUCCUGGACACGUUCAGUCAUCUGAGACGGCCAAAGUGCAAAAAGUUGGCCCACAAAUAAAUCGUGAAUUCCACCCAAAAGUACAGUACGAUCUGCCGCCAGACUACGACGACGUUGAGGCAUGCGCUGGAGCACAGCGUCCACAGACCAGCGGUAGGUUUCUAGAUCCUCGCUGUAGUGAUUCAUUGUCGGACUUUUUUGAACAGCUGUUGUUUGAAAAUCAAAGUUCUCAGAAUUUGGCGUAG